AUGCCAGCAAUAGUGCACGCAGCGGAGAAGAUUCAGAACGAUCCACAGUCAGUUCUACCCGGAGUCAAAUUCAUCUUUACUGAGAGAGAUUCUAACUGCUCCAGCUCUAAUGGACCUCUUGCAGCUAUUGACUUGUACCGGACCAAAAGGGCGCAUAUUUUCUUCGGUCCAGCCUGCGAUUAUGCUGCAGCACCCAUAGCUCGUUAUAGUGGAAGGUGGCGUAUCCCAGUCGUUACAGCAGGGGCGUUAUUCCAGGGGUUCACUGAUAAGAAAGAGUUCCCGCUUUUAACGCGAGUCCAAGGAAGCUUCCACAAAGUUCGAGAUAUGUUUGAGUCGGUCCUAGACCACUUCAACUGGACGCGUAUCGGCAUGCUGUUUUAUGAAGAUGUUAACCAUCUUGGUGGGGAGAAGAGGGAAUGCCUGCAAAUUCUGCGCCCAAUCUACCUUAUGUUUACUAAAGAACCACCUCCGUACUACAGUGUUAAAGAAGCAGAUUUCAUAGAUUGGCGGAAACACGUGGCUUCCUUGUCCAACAACUCCAGAAGUGAGUAG